AUGGAGGAACAACUUUUCAGUCCUAGCGCUGCUGCCCAGCUUUUCGAUCUGCCUCCUUCCUCGAGCAGUCUCUUCGGAUUUUCGCCUUCCAUCGACUCCACCAGCUCCCUGCCUCUCACCUUUAACGAAACUCUCGAAACGUCCGCCUUCAUGCUCGAGGUCCAGCGCAAGCGCGCCGACACCGUCACCACGCUCAAGCCCGACUUUGAUUUCAAGGAUGACUUUGGCUUCGACAACUCCGAUUUCCUCAACGACAUCCCCCAACGUCCGCGUGCCGCUCAGCGCCUCUCGCUUACCCCGUCCAUCGCCAGCUCUGCUGCCUCCACCGCUUCCGAGUACGAUGACAGCUGCUUUGACAGCGAGGCUGACCUGAGCAACGCUGCCUCCCCCGCUACUGACGAGGCAUGCACUGCGUCUUGGGGCGACUCUUCGCUUCAGGCUCUCGACGUCUCGGCCUCGAUCCAGUCCGCUUUCGACCGCAUCAAGUUUCACUCUCCCAGUGGAGACUCCAAGGACGCCACCAUCCGCGCCAGUAGCUUUCACCCAACCGUCGAUUUCAGCUUCCACGAUUUCAUUGAGGAUGCCGAUCAAGGUGCACAGAGGCUCGCUCCUUCUGCCAUGGACGACAUUCAAGCCACCAACAACGUCCACACCUUUGUUACUGCUCAAGUCCCCAUCUCGCCUCUGAACCUCAGCGACGCUUCUACGGACGGCGGUCACGGUCACGUCAGAUGCAGCGGUAGCGAGUCCUGCCUCGGCAUUCUCGAAGGCGCCGACGUUGGCGCUGUCCCCAUGCCCAUCCAUCCUUACCCCGUCAACUCGUACUUUGGCAAUGUGGGCCCUUACCCCAUGGUCUUCUCCCAGAGCGCCCCUGAUGCCUCGUGCUUCCCCCCACACGGCUCGCCUUGCCCGUCUUCGCCCAGCAGCGCCCGUAGCUCAUCUCCCUAUCCUCGCUUUGGUAUGGCGGGCGCUCUUCCCUCGGUGCUCGCCUCGCCCUCUUCGCGCCAAAUUCAGGUCCAGCAUGUGCCGACCCAAGCUUCCGGCCUGGCCUUGCUGCCCAAGGGCAUGAGCCUCUACAGCCACUUUGCUCACCUUACCAACCCAUAUGCCGGCCUCAUCACCAAGCGCUCCCGCGGCCGUCGUGUUCCCAACAAGCCCGAGGAGAUGAACAAUCUCGGCAAGAGUGGCAAAGUUUACACGUGCAAGGUGCCUGGCUGUGGCAAGUGUUUCAAGCGCAGCGAACAUCUCAAGCGCCAUGUUCGCUCGAUCCACACCGACGAGAAGCCUUUCCUCUGCCCUUACCCUUCGUGCAACAAGCGCUUUAGCCGACACGACAACCUCAACCAGCACGCUCGCGUCCACACCUCGAUGGGCGGCGGCGCUGCUGCUGGCGAAGAUUACGAUGCUUCAUCGGUACACCCCAUGUCGCACCUCAACGCUCCCCUUGCCCACACAAUGGUCCUCACUGCGCCUCCCAAAGGUGGUAUCUCGAUCGCAUCUGGCGCGAGUCACCAGAUCAAGCAAGAGUAG